UGGAGUGACCACCAAGCCAAUGAAUCCUGCGCUUUCUUUAACCUUUCCCCUCUUCACUCAGGCCUCCAUUUUUCAGCCGGAAGAUCUCCCAUUCCUGCGAAGCUCGACGCCGCUCGCCGGAUCGAUACGCCCGCCGGAUCGCCGAUGUCGAUCUUCGAGUACAACGGGAGUGCCCUAAUCGCCAUGGUGGGCAAGAACUGCUUCGCCAUCGCCAGCGACCGCAGGCUCGGCGUGCAGCUCCAGACGAUCGCCACCGACUUCCAGAAGAUUUACAAGGUCCACGACAAGCUCUUCCUCGGCCUCUCCGGGCUCGCCACCGAUGCCCAGACUCUGUACCAGAGGCUGGUGUUUAGGCACAAGCUGUAUCAGCUUCGGGAAGAGAGGGACAUGAAGCCCGAGACGUUUGCCAACCUUGUUUCGUCUAUUCUCUACGAGAAAAGAUUUGGCCCAUACUUUUGCCAACCUGUAAUUGCUGGACUGGGAGAUGAAGACAAGCCCUUCAUUUGCACGAUGGAUUCUAUUGGAGCCAAGGAGCUAGCUAAAGAUUUUGUUGUUGCUGGCACUGCCUCAGAAUCUCUUUAUGGUGCCUGCGAGUCAAUGUUCAAGCCUGACAUGGAACCUGAGGAAUUGUUUGAAACUAUCUCUCAAGCUCUAUUAUCAUCAGUAGACAGGGACUGUCUAAGUGGUUGGGGAGGACAUGUCUAUGUUGUAACAUCGACUGAAAUCAGAGAACGAAUUCUGAAGGGGAGAAUGGACUGAUCUUUCUCUGGAGCUGGAAGCUGAUCAUUCAUAGAGUUCCUCAACCACCUGUAGCUUUUCCAUCAUCCUUGUUUUCGCUUUGUUCCAAAAGAGUGAAUCAAUUAGGGACUGCUUGCUCCUUUUUCUUCUUUUGCAUUAAUUAUGCUGUACUCUUUUUAAUGUCUGCAAGGUGAUUGAAAUCUCGAUGCUGGGAUCACAAUCCCUCAUCCCUUUGGACAUCAGUUAAUGGGUGCAGUUUGAGCAAA